GUCGAGUACUCGAUUCUCGAAUCUCGAUGCACACAAAAAUAAAAUAUAUUUACGAAUUAAUAAAUGUGCACAUCAUUGAUCAAUACAUAAAACUUUAGUUCUGCGUGGAUUAAAAAGAUACCAUAGCAAGUCUUUUGUCUUAGGUAAACAUGGAUACAACAAGUGACUUGCCAUUCAACCCUAGUGCAGUCUUGCAACCUGACCAGCCCAUGGAAACUGACAAACCUGGUGGUCCACUUACUGCUGGCAGACACGAAGAGUUCUCUGUCGAGAAAGUCCUUGACCGAAGAAUUAAAAACGGCAAAGUUGAGUACUUGCUAAAAUGGAAGGGAUAUUCUAAUGAUGAUAACACUUGGGAGCCCGAGGACAAUCUUGACUGUCCUGAACUGAUAUCAGCAUACGAAGAGGCACGCUUGAAGAGGGAACGCGAGGCAGCACCAAGCACAGAGGUGGCAGAUGACACCUACGGUCGCAAACGACCAAAACGCGGAGAUAAGAAGAAGAAGGAGGCUAUUCAAGAAGUGGAGAAGCCCAGAGGUCUGUCAAGAGGUCUACAUCCAGAGAAGAUCCUGGCUGGACAACUGUACCAUGGAACCCUGUACUUCCUGGUUAAAUGGCAAAACUGCAAUGAAAUGGAUGUGGUCCCCGGUCAUGACCUAGGCCAGGCAUUCCCGGACUUUGUGAUCAACUACUACGAGAGGUGUGCUCCGUUCAGUGUCAGACACAGCGUGGGAAGAGUGCCCAGGGUAGCCCCAGAAAUUGAGCCGCAGCAGCCUGUGGCAGCCUCCAUGGACGUUACAGAGAACAACACAAGCUUGUCAAUGUUGCCAGCAAUGGACGACACCCCAGUUCCUGACAUGGGCAUGCCGCAAGUGCCCGAUCCUCAGCAGCUCGAAGUGCCAGUGAACUGAUUCUAGAAUUGGAGCCAAUUAGAACUUAGUUAUAACUCUAAGAUGCAGCAUUUGACCAAAUGAGAAUUAUUUUUAUUUUUCUACACUACACAGUGUAAUUCUAUUGAAAGUGCUGCCUAAGCGGUUUCCUAGAAGAGCAAUUUUAUUGCGCAAUAUCACGUAUUGCGUAAUAU